UUAAGAUUUUAACUCUACAAAUUUCAAAUUAAAUUAAAAUAAAAUUUUCGGUUUCUUGCUCAAAGCAGCGUACCGCACAAACAAGCGCAUUCACCUUCCUCUUCGUAGUCGUGAAUCCGCACCCAAAUUUUCAAACAACAAAAACGAAAAUAAAAUCCGAAUAAUUUAUCAAAUGGAAUCGAAUAAUACUCCUUACGAAAUCGUUGACGACGACGAGGGAUUUGAUUGGGAAGCAGCUGCAAGAGAAAUCGAUGAAGUUUGCCAAAUGAAAAUUGACGCAAAAACAAAUGGAAACGAAACGGAAAAGGUUUGUCAAAAGGGAAAAGGAAAGGGAAAGCAAUCAACACUCGAUAACUUCGUUGGAAUUGCAAAAAAGGAAACCCCAACGGUUCAGGUUCAAGAAAAUGAUGCUAAAGAAGAAGAUGAAGAAUAUACAUGCAUCCACAACAUUGACACUGAAGCAGCCAAAACAUGGACAUACCCAGUUAAUGUUCCUCUUCGUGAUUAUCAAUUCCAUAUUACCCAGUCUGCACUCUUUCAAAAUACAUUGGUCGCAUUGCCAACAGGACUUGGCAAAACUCUCAUUGCCGCUGUUGUCAUGUAUAACUACUUUAGAUGGUUUCCUGAGGGAAAAAUAGUCUUUGCUGCUCCUUCUCGACCACUUGUCAUGCAGCAGAUAGAAGCUUGCCAUAACAUUGUGGGGAUACCUCAAGAAUGGACAGUUGAUAUGACUGGUCAGUUAAGUCCUCCCAAAAGAGCUCGUUUGUGGAAAACAAAGCGAGUUUUCUUUGUCACACCACAAGUUUUGGAAAAAGACAUUCAUUCUGGUAAAUGUUUAGUGAAGUACUUGGUAUGUUUGGUGAUUGAUGAAGCUCAUAGAGCAAUGGGAAAUUACUCUUAUUGUGAAGCAGUUCGUGAGUUAAUGGCUGUACCGGUGCAACUAAGAAUAUUAGCGUUGACUGCAACACCAGGAUCAAAGCAGAAGACCGUCCAGGAUGUUAUUGAUAAUUUGCAUAUCUCCAAGCUUGAAUAUCGUAGUGAAACUGACCACGAUGUUAUCUCAUAUGUUCACGACAGGAAGAUAGAGUUGAUACAGGUUGCGAUGGGCCAAGAUGCUGUAGAAAUAAACAAUAAGUUUUUGGACGUGAUACGCCCUAUAGUAGCCAGGCUGACUAAUAUUGGGGUCAUUCAGAAUAGAGAUUAUCGAACUUUGAGCCCUUGUGUAUUACUUGAAAUAAGGGAAAAGUUUCGUCAGGGGCACAUGCAAGAUCAUUCACAUAUCAACUUUGGAGAUGUUGAAGGGUAUUUUGGAGUUCUUAUUACUCUUUAUUACAUCCAUAAACUGAUUUCAAGUCAUGGAAUAAGGCCAGCAUAUGAGAUGCUUGAAAGAAAAUUGAAGCAAGGGUCUUUUGCAAAAUUUAUGAGUAAAAAUGAAGGUAUUCUGAAAGCACAGCAACUAAUGCAGCAAAACUUGUCUCAUGGAGCGCAGAGUCCCAAGUUGUCCAAAAUGCUAGAAGUAUUGCUGGAGCAUUUCAAAACCAAUCCACAAAACUCCAGGGUGAUUAUUUUCUCCAAUUACAGAGAAAGUGUCAGGGACAUAAUGGAUGCACUUGGAGGUACUGGGGAUCAAGUUAGAGCUACCCAGUUUAUUGGUCAAAGUUCAGGGAAAGCAAUGAAAGGUCAGUCUCAGAAAGUUCAACAGGCUGUGCUAAAGAAAUUUCGGUCCGGUGCCUACAAUGUCAUUGUUGCUACAUCAAUUGGCGAAGAAGGCCUUGAUAUCAUGGAAGUUGAUCUUGUCAUAUCUUUUGAUGCUAAUAUUUCACCACUUAGAAUGAUUCAGAGAAUGGGGAGAACUGGAAGAAAGCAUGAUGGACGAGUUGUAGUUUUGGCUUGUGAAGGGGCAGAGAUGAAAGGCUACUUAAAAAAAAAGGCAAAGAGUAAGACUAUAAGUAAACACAUGCGAAAUGGGGGCGUAAAUAGCUUUGUCUUUCAUCCCAGUCCACGGAUGAUUCCUCACGUCCUUAAACCAGAAGUGCAAUAUGUAGAACUGUCUAUUGAGAAAUUUAUUCCUCGACAAAAGAAUGUGAAAGAAGACCAUAUCCAAAUUUCUGCAUCGAAUGACAAACUCACACUUGCUGAAAUUGAUUUACUUGAAAAAUAUUUCCACUCUACUGGUGAAAAUAGAUGUAGAUUGUCUCUUAUCGCCUUCCCUCACUUUCAGACAUUUCCUUCUAGAGUUCAUAAAGUGGAGCAUUCCUGUGGGACAUUGAUGCUUAUAGACAUGAUGCGACGUCUGCAAGGACUGGCAGCUUGUCCAGGAGAUAGCAAAAAUUCUACCAUUCAGCAGCUCGCCAUUGUGCCUCCCCUCCCCAAAAAGAUAUGCUUUAGAUUACCUGUGAAAAACUUGUCCUUUUUAUUUCUAUCCUCUACUACAGAUAAUGAAUUGUUCUCUAGGGAUACAAUGGGAAGGAAUGCAGAGUCUGUAAAUUGUCUAGAGAGUUUGUCUCCCAUGAGACGCUCUAACAAACUUCAAACCAAAGACUUUGUUGAUCUAACUCUGCAAGAUAGUACUUACUGUGACAUGGGCAAGCAUCAAGAGGAAACAUGUGAGGGUAAUGAGACAAUUCCUGAGACUCCAGAAGCUAAGAGAAAUUUGUCAGCUGAAGGAGCUAAUGCUGAUGAAACAGCAAACCCUGUUGAGAAGGAAACUUCUUCAUUGGCUGCAGAUGCAUGCAAUAAUGGCAUGAGAGAUGAAGAACUUAGCCCUCGUUUAACUAAUUUAAUUAUAAGUGGUGUUGUUCCAGAGUCUCCCAUUGAUGAAAGAGGACAAACAAGAAACAGGUUUAUCUUUCGAGGCUGUAUUUCACCUGUUAAUCUUCAGGAAGAACAGGAUGCUGGCUCAUUAAGUUGUAGGGAAGUUGAAAAGGUCAUCGUUGAAAGUGGCAUUGGUAAGAAUGUAUGUACUUCUCCUGUCAAUGAAACCCGAACCCCUUUGCUUGAGCUGAAGAGUUUCCCAAUUGGAAGAGGACGUGUCUUCGUUUCUCAAGCUGACGAAGGGCAUUUUCGUAUCGCUGACCAAAGCUUCAGCGAAGAAUCACAUCCAGGUUGUGGUGAAAUGUCUGUAAGCAUUAAACCUGCUCGCAAAUUUAAAAGGUUGAGGAAAAUUGAAGAUACUGAAAGCAAUGUGAAUCAGAAAAGCAGCACUGUUUUUGACUCAAGAGCGAACUUUUUAAGACCAUCAUCUGCCUCCAAUCCCACACGAGAUAAGCAUGGCCAAGGUAAAAGGAAACCAGUCAAUGCGAGAGACUUCAUUGAGGAGGAAGCCGAGGUGUCUUCAGAUGCAUCUGUAUCUAAUGAUGAAGAUGUCGAGGAUGAAAAUUCAUUUGACAGUUUCAUAGAUGACCGAACAACCCUUACAGCGGCCAGUCAGCCUGAAGCUAGUAGGAUGGACAUGAUGGCAAUUUACAGGCGUUCAUUGCUGAGUCAAACACCGAUUAGUGGAGGGCCCAGGUUUUCUGCCACCUUCAGUCCUGACAAUGUGACUAUGACAGCCAGUAUUGGUGAAAGUGGUAAUUCAUCAUGCAAGACAGCGAGUCAUUUCCAGACAGGACCAACCAGUCACUCAGCUAAUCGAACUUCAGAAUCAAUUGGCAUCGACCAGAUGACCUCAGAAGCAGUGCCUUCAACCAGUUUUCCAACCGAUACAGAGACAGAUGUAAGAAGCCGUAAAAGAAGAUUGACAUUUAAUCAUUCUGGACACUUUCCAAGUAUGAAUCUUGAACAAGAAUUUGCACUUCAAUCAAAGAAAGAAUCAGCAGGUGCCAAUGCAACUAUAGAUGUUUUAUGUGAUGAUCAAUUUUACAAUGAUAUUGAUCUUGAUGAGUUGGAGGCGCAAGCUACUUCGUUUCUAAAACGGAAAAUAGACUUGUCAGUUAAGAAGCAAGAUACAAUCCCUCAAUCUCAUGAACCAAACCUUGAUGUUAUUAUGUCUCCAUCUUUCGACCUUGGUAUAUAAAAGCACAUCAUAAGCACUCAUGCGGCUGCAUACUUGCACGUUUUGGAAAUUAAUGCCAAUGGUAAUAAUCCGUUACCAGAAAUCUUUUAGGCCUCAUAAAGGUGUCGUUAUUGUAUUUAUACAAGGGUCCUAAGAUUACCGACAUUUUUUACCCGUACAAUGCUCAAAUUAUAUGUUGAUAUCACCAUCGGCCACGAGCAUGUUCUCGAGGUUUGACUGAAUAGGGCCAUUUUUUUGGAGGCAUUAAUUAUUUUUAAUCGCUUGAUAGAAAAUUUGAGCAGUAGUACAUAUGAAAUUUUUUGAAUGUUUAUUUAUUAUUGAAAGGCUUAUGUCAUUUUUUAAUGAUUUAAAGUUAUGUUGUAAACAUUUUGAAAUACGUCUAAUAUAUGAUAAUUCCUAUGA